CACCUAAAUAGGUCAUAGUAUUUUGUAUGUCAAAAUUGACACAAAAUUUAUCAGUAAAAUAUAAAAAUGCCUAAAUAAUAGGAAAAUUUCGAUUAAAAUUUGAAGUGUAUUUCUAAGUGCGUUUGCGAGAUCGUGUGAGGAUCUUUGCGAGGCGCAUUAAAAUGUGAUCAGCUGAUUAUAUAAAAAUAUUGUGAACAUACAUGUGCAAGUGAACGUUGAGGAAGAAUAUUUAUCCAGUUAAAGUGCUAUAAAAGAACAUUGUUUACUGUGCAUCUCCUUCAAAGGUACAAAUAUGCCUUCGCUGCUAGAAGCCCUGGAGCGCAAGUACGGCGCCAAGGGCGAGGUGAAUCCGCCGAUUGACGACAUGCCGGUCGCGAUAUUCGUGCCGAAGCGGUCGCCGCGGCUGAGCGUGCCAACGCUGCUGGUGCUGAACGAUUGCGACAUCGACUGCGCUGGCGACGCGUGCGCGCUCGCAGACAAAUGCGCCGAUGUCGUUGAGCUGGACCUGGCUAAUAAUAAGCUCACCGAGUGGGAGGAGGUAUUUGCAAUACUGGAACAGACACCGCGAGUCCGCUUCCUGAAUUUGAGCUUCAACCGUCUAUCGGCGCAAAUCCAAGCAGCCCAGUCGCUCCGGCCACGCUGGGACAGUCUCAGCUACCUGGUCCUCAACUCCACGUACGUAGGCUGGCCCAACGUCCACGCGCUACUCAAAGCUCUACCAGCUCUAGAAGAGCUGCAUUUGAGCCUCAACGAGUACUCGUAUGUAGAUCUUAGUGGUCAGGAAGUGGAUGAGAAAGAUCGAUGCGAGGCGUGCUCCCGGCUCAAUGUCGCUGAUCUGUCGGAACCAGUGCACGACCAGUUGAAGAAGUUGCAUUUUUCUGGAAACCCUAUUAGCAGCUGGAGAGAAAUUUCCAAGCUAGGCUAUGCGUUCCCCAAUCUGGAGACGCUACUGGUGAACGAAUGUCCCAUAACGUCGCUAGAGCCGGACCCGUGCGAGAAAUGCGAAGACACCAACGCCAAUAAGAGGAGUCAUGAUGCUUUUAAACAUCUUCGCUUCCUAAACCUGAACAACACCGGGCUGGCCACGUGGGACGAAGUGGAUCGGCUCGCACGGUUUCCUGCUCUCAAGAGUCUUAGAGUUCAGGGUUGGCCCUUAUGGGAUCGUUUUGAGUCGACGGAGCACGAGAGGCGGCUGCUGCUGGUGGCGAGGCUGCCGCGUGUGAGGACCCUGAAUGGCGGCGGUGCCGUGCCUGUGGAGGAGAGGGACUCCGCUGAAAGGGCCUUCAUCAGAUACUACAUGGAGAAACCGGAGUCUGACAGACCUGACAGGUACUGGGAGCUGGUGAACGUGCACGGCAAGCUGGACCCGCUGGUGUCGGUGGACCUGCGGCCCGAGAAGCGCGUGCAGAUCACCUUCACCUGCGGCGACACCAGCGAGGUGCGCACCGUCGAUGUUUACAGGACUGUCUCAGACUUGAAACAACGGCUAGAGAGACUAGCGGGCUUCCCUGCAGCUAAAAUGAGACUGUUCUACGUUGAUCAAGAACUGAGGGAUACCCAGGGCCCAGAAGAGAUGAGGUAUCCAACCAAACAGCUGUACUCGUACAACAUAAGGUCCGGAGACGAGAUCAUCAUAGAAUCGAAGCUGAAGCACACCAUAUCUGCAAACUCCACCGCGUGAGACGCGCCGCGGUCGCGACGUCCCGGCGGGUCGCAUUACUCGAUACAGAUUUAUAGACAUUCAAAUAUUUUUCCAAAUUGAGGUAGUUGCUUAUGUGUUGCCAACAUAAUGGUGUCAUAACUUUUUGGUAAUACCAUAUCCAAUUUGAGUUGAAUUUAGUAGAUCUGUGUUUUUGUAACGUAGCCUGACUUUUUAUUAUGCUACAUACCUUUAUGUAGCUAUCUACUGUAGAAUAGAUAUUCAAACUAAACAAAAUGGAUAGUUUGGCACAUGUAUCAUAUAAUGCGGCCUGUCGGAGAUGCAGUUUUUUAAAAAGCCUGUACUAUAAUGCCAUUAAAAUAUUUUUUUACGCUACAUACGUCGUACUAACACGGGAUUAGUUAAUAUAUCUAAGAAGUAAUAACAUAUUGUUUCUUGAGGGAGUCUUUUUGUCGUAGUUUAGAUAAACAAAUGUCACAAAGCAUUUAGUUUUAAGAGUCGCCAUGAGCUCUGAGCUUACGAGCAAAGUUUUUUAUUUACUAUAUUUUUUUAUACUACAGCGCAAAUACAAAUGUACUAGAAUCGUGUUUAAAUAUUAGAUAUCGAAAUUAUAGUUUGAAAAUGUAUUUUCAUUUAGAUGUUAAUUAUUCCUUCUGUAGGUACCUAUGCAAUAGUCGGAAUAUUUCUUUUUAUUUGCAAUAAGCAACUGUGAUAAUAAAUUGUAGAUUAUGAAAUGCUAAAUUCGAGAUCGAUUACUAUCACAACACAGUUUAUAUCAUGAAUCUGUGUGAAAGUACAUUGUAUUGAAUUAAGGAGAAAUGACAUUGUGUGACGAUUUUCGACAACAAAUCGCAUGAUUCGGCAUCUUUAGAUAAAUCUUCAUAUUGUAUCUAAUGAAGACUUUAUUGCAUUGUUUUAAGGUUAUAUAAAGCUCUAUAACAUGUCGGUUUGUCAUUUCGGCUUACUUCGAAAA